ACCUGCAUUUAAUGCCAUUCAUUGCCCUUUUCCUACUACUUAUAUGCCCACUAAAUUCAUUGCCAAUAUCCCAACACAACCCUAGCUAGCUAUCAAGUUGCACUAUUUUCAAGAAAAUAAUACCCUAUAACCUAUUAUAUUCAUAAGCUUGCCCAAAAAAAAACAAAAAAAUGUUCAUCAAUAUGUCUAAGUUUCUUGUUUAUCUUUUGGUUUGUAUUUCUCUUCAUGCAUGUAGUGCUAGACCACUAGCAAAUAUUGAUGACAAAGAAAACAAAAUACUACUCUCUAGCAAGGAUGUAACAAUUAUGACUAGUGACACAUCAAAAACAGAAGGAAGAAUAAUUAUGUCUGAAGACAUUGGAAAAGAUGAUGGAAAACUUAUGUGGAAAAAGACAUCAAUUGUUGCACGAAAUCAAUUAGACGAUGAAGAAAAUAAAGGAAACAAGGUUGAGAUAUCGUUUCAUGAGGGAGCUCAAGUAAAGAUAUCGAGGAGAGAAUCGCGGUUGAUGCUAGAAUCUCCACUGUCAACACAACACGAGGAAGAAGCAGUGAACUCCAUUGAAAAGGAACUCGUGGAAGACGUAGUAGUUAUGGAUUAUGCACAACCCCAUAGAAAACCACCAAUUCACAACACGAAACACUAAAAUAUAUUGUAGAUGAAAACCAUCAUAUACUUAUAUGUAUUUUAUUUUCUCGUUUAUACGUAUGUGAGACCUGUCAGUUUUCGUUUUUUUUUCUUCUUAAAAUUAUUAUUAUUGUUUUGGCAAAUGAAGGAGAAUCCUAGAUGAGAUCAUACUCCAUGUAUGUACAAAUAGAAAUGACUAAAAAUUGCAAAACUGCUAGCAAAAAAUAUCAAUGUUAUAUAUUAUGUUACAUUAAUGCA